UCUCGUCCCCAAAGGUCUCCAUGGUGUAGUUCUUAUACUCGUGGCCAUUUUGGUAGCGAGAUUUAUAACAAUAUUCUAUGAGGGGCCAUCAGGUUACACAUCUCCUCUCACUAAUAAAACUUUACCCUAUUGUUCCCUAGUUAGUUGGUUAAUGUGGAAGCAGUCUUUAUAGUUCCCCAUAACCUUAUACAGUACAGUACAAUUAACACAGACUUCACAUUAGGUAUAUUCAUAUUUAUCUAACUCUACUAACACAUUAAGAGACUAAAAAUGUUAAACAAAACACUAUGAUAGUUGUGUAAGGUGUGGUGAGGUAGAAUAUUCAUUUAUUUUACUUCUAUAACAAAUAAAUGGUUUAAAAAUAUACCUUUAGUACAGUCUGUAAUGUUAAUGAUAAAUAUGUCAAAUUCUUUAAGCUCCUUCUUGGUGCAAGGAUCAAGCCAAACAGCAGUACCAUUUGAAGGGGAGGCAGGAGGAUCAUCAUUAUCAGUGGGAGCUUUCCUAACAGGGUUGACUACAGCCAACCCACACUGUUCCACCUCCUUCCUUACCCCAUCUUCUCAAACUUCUGAUGCAGCAUUUCUAACAAGUCAGGCAGGAACAUCAGAGACAUUUCUCAGCCUUUCUGAAUCCUCAGAAACAGCUGAAACAUUUCUGUCUGGUACUGAGGGAGAUGUUAGCAAUGCUGAAGAAGUUUUACUUGGUGGAAAUGAGGGAGAAAGUGAGGAGUUGGCCGAGGGUCCAUUGUUGUACCUGGACCCUGCUACUGGUCUUCAUGUAUUGGUUCAUCAUCUACCUCACUCUGCACAAGAAACUCCAGGCUCACAGUUGCAAGGGGAUGACAGUUCACAUGAACAGUUUGUGGUUGUGGGUGCACUCCAGUCUGAAGAAGAGCAAGUUGUAGUAGAGAGGCCACUUGGUGAACAGCCCUCAAGAAACAGCUGCCAUGUUUCAGUUGAAAAUAUGUUAACGUCUCACAUAGUGGCACCAGUGAAUACUCCUACAUCUGAACUUAGUGCUAACCAGAUUUAUGAUUCUCAACUAGAAUCAUCACUUUGUCUUAAUGCUGGAGUUGGUCCUUCAGAGUCUUCUGGCCAAAAUCAUCAUGUCAGCAGGAAUGAAAAUUCUCUCCUAAGUUUCCACACCACUGGUGGUACUGUGGAAGAUCAAGGAGAACAGUCCUCAUUAAUGGAUUGUUCUGAAAGUCCUAUGCUUACUCUUCAAGUGCCAGAUGAAAGUGGAGAAGUUACCACAAGUGAGAUCAGAAGGGAUCUUCUUGGCAUUGAAUCUGUGCCUCAUAUCAACCUUGAGGAGAUCAUUGAGAAAUUUACUGGUAGUAGUAACCACCAUCAAGUCAUUGAUAAUACAAGUUCUGUUACUGUAACCACUCAUGUUGGGGCUGCUCCUUCUCCAGCUUCUGAAGGAAAUUCUAGUGCAAAUUUAACUAAUGUGACUGUCUUUAAAGAUGAUCCAUUGCACCACGAUAGGAGAAUACCUCUGGAGUCACAUAUUCACAUUACACCUGAGUCAUCUUUGCAAGACACCUAUUCAAUGAAAUCACUGACAAGCAUUACUAGUAAAUCAUCACCAAAAUCCACCGUAACUGUGAAACUGCAUAACUUUGAUGAUAUAUCUUCUCUUGAACAGUGUAAAAUUUCUUCAAAAUCUAACUUACAAGACUCCUUGGCUGUUGAUGAGGAAAGUCUAUAUGAUAUUGUGAUGACAUACAGGUGCAAAUUAUGCUCGGAAGUUUUCAUUGAGAAAUCUGGACUCUUGCAACACUACCAGGAUGUGCAUAAACCUGGAGGAGUUGUAAAAAUACGCAUAACAACUUCUGAAAAUAAUGAGCCAUCUUUUCAAUCUGCUGUGAGCAGGUUGUCUUCCAAGAAAUCGUUGUUUGGCACACACAUGAAUAACAUUAUCCUUAAGGGAGGAAGUGACAGAAAAGAAGAACCCAAGGAACUUAAUAUAGUGUCUUGCGAGUUCUGUUCUGAAGACUUUGUAGGACUGCUGGAAUAUCAGGAGCACAUUAAAAAGGAGCACCCUGAUGAGUCUGAGAAAAAAGCAAGGAAAGGAACAUACCGUCACCGACAUUCCCAGGGACUACUGACCAAGUAUCCUCCUCAACCAGGGAUGCUUAUUGGCCAUCGAAAGUCUCGUACUCAUUGUCAAGAGGAUGUAGAAGACAAGAAACUAGAUGGUGGUGAGACUAGUAAGCGUCGUGUUCGGGCUCCAAAGAAUCUUCAAGAACAGUAUUGGCUGCAAAAACAAAGACCCAAACCUGUAUUUUCUAAAGAAGUUGAAAAAACUUUCAAGUGUCCCAUACCAACAUGCAAAUAUAGAUUUUCAAGUGAAGAAAACUUGUUCCAACACCAGGAAUGUCAUGGACAACCAGGGAGUGGUGAGGAGAGAGUAUUCACCUGUCAUCAGUGUUUCUUCAAAUAUGACAAGUGGGCAAUGUGUCAGUUACACUUGUGGAAGGCUCACGGGAUCGACAUAGAUCUGUUCACAUGUGGAAUUUGUCAUACUUACAAGACCUGUACACAACAGAAACUUGUAAUUCACCAGAAGACUCACUCAGAUGUUCGGGACCAUAUUUGUAAGGUAUGUGGGAAAGGUUUUAGACAACUGGCACAGCUCCUGAACCAUCAAGUUCUACACAUAACCAGUACUAAGAAUCUUCCCACAUGGGCAAAGAAAGGCUAUUGCAAUGAAUGCAAAAGAUGGUUUGGUGAUAAGAAAACCUUAAGAGUUCAUAUUAGUGCAGUACAUUUGAAAUUGAAACCACAUGCGUGUCCCCACUGUUCAUAUAGAUGUUCAAGAAAAUUUGACUUAAAGGUUCAUCAAAGGCAACAUACUGGUGAACGACCACACAAAUGUGAACUGUGUGGCUGGCAGUGCCGUGAUCACAAUGCAUUACGAAGACAUAAACUCAUUCAUCUACACUUGAAACCACUGAAGUGUCCACAUGCCUUUUGUGCAUUUGAGAGCCGUCAUACUGCAUACUUCAAGAAACAUGUUGCAAAGAAGCAUCCUAAAGCAGAGGCCAUUUACAAGUGUCAGAUAUGCUCAAUGGAAACCCCCAAAUUACAACAAUAUAUAGCACAUUCCACAAAUCAUGAAAAGCAGUUGGUAAUAGAAGCUUUCAAGAAGAGAAGUGGUUCUCCAAAUCCAAGAAAUGACACUGAGGAUGCUGUUGAUCAACAAAGCAACCUUAAGCCCGAAGAAGGUAUAAACAGUAAAAUAGAACAUCAUAAUAAAGUAGAAGUAAGCAGGGUUCAGGAUAUUGGUGAAGAAUCAUUUGUGUUUGAUCAUGUGGGCACUGCAAAUAAUAACCCAAAUACUCAAGUUAUAACCAUAAAAUUACACAGUGUGCAGCAUUCAGGUGUCACAAAUUCAGAGGCUGUUAAUUCUAUUAUUGAUAAGGGACCUGCACCUAUUUUUAAAUGUUCUGACCAGUUUAAACAAGAAAUAAAGAUUGAAAAUGAUGCAGCAGAAGAAACAUGUCAAGGGACAGCAGUUCUAGGUGUUGUUGAUAGUUCCUCUGAAGACACAGCUGUGCUUCAUGUUGAUGGAGAUGAAACCUUGAUGACACUACCUCAAGUUGUGAUGUCAGAAGAUGGUCACCAGUAUAUUAUUGGAAUUUCCCCUGAUGAGAUGAGUACUAGUCAGAAUAGUAUCUUUACUAUACAACAAGCAGUGGAACAAGAGUAGAUUUAGAUAUAACUUUAUUAACUUAAUUAUCUUUAUGUUUAGUGACUUCACUUUCAUGCUGUUCACAUAGGACUUUACAGAAGCACAAAUCCUCAGAGAAACGAAGAACAGUAGAAAUUAAAAGUAAACAGAUAGUAAAACAAAUUAAAAACAAAUGACAGUUGUCAUAAACAAAAUCACAUUCACAGCUCCUUAUUAUUAUAACAGAUGAAUAAAGGAUUUCCAUGUCUUGAAUUUCUUCCUAUGCAGUGUAUUGGUUAUGCAUGUUAAGAUGUCUGAUAUUUAAAACAUGUUUCUUUGUCCCAUUUCCCAAUUAUGCACAUUACCUCUUCAUUGCACAAUCUUAUGUUUUACUGUACAGUAUCUCUUUUAGUAUUUAUCAAUGUAUUGUAGAACAAAUUGUUAUUUUUUUGUGAACUGCACUUUUCCUUUUACCACCUGCAUCUCCAUUCUCAAAAAUCCUUUUAACUGAUAUGUCAUUUUUCAUACUAUUAUUGUGUGUACCUAUACCAUCUCAUCCUGUUGUUUCCAAUGUAAUAUUUUAAUGACUUCAUCAACUCAUCUUAAUUACUUUUAUCGCUUGAGCGUUUGGUCACGUCUCUGUUACUUUUCUUUUUCUUUUGUCCUCUUCACCAAUUGAUCGGCUCGUCAGCCGGUUGGGCAAUCGGUCACGUCUCUGUUACGCACUGUUGGCAAGUACUGGGCAUUCACCGGCUCCUGAAUGUACCUGAACCUGCUCCAGUGUUGGUCAAGUCUGGUCUUGAAAAAGCUCACACUCGGUGUCGUCACAACACUUUCAGGUAGAUUACAUAAAUUAUGCAUAACAUAUUGUCAGCAAAAUUAUUUGAUCAGUAGCCAGUCCAACCGCCCUGUAUCCAGUUCGGCAUGGAUGCCACAAGGUCAUGCAUCAGCUCUGGUCUACCCCUGUAGUAUUCCCAUUGUCUAUUAAUGUGCACCGUAAGUUGAUUGCUGGACCGGUUCAUUCCCCUUCCAUUUCCCACGAGUUGACCAUGUAUGCCCACACGUGCUCUAUAACGUUAAUAUCUGCUCCCUUGCUGGGCCAUUCUAGGAGCUCUAGGUUUCCCUGCCUCACAAACCACUGCUGAACGACGUGGGCCGUGUGUAUAAGACAACGGUCUUGGACAAAUAAAAUGGGUCCAAAUGGGAAAGGGUAAUCCCUUGAUGGAGUAAAUUGUUUUGUGAAUUUUGUGGGGAGGGAGGCAAUGGUUGGACAUCAGACCCAUUGUCCAAUAAGAGUGGGCGGACAUUGCACCAUCACCUUGACUGUAGUGAGAACUUUAGUCCGGGAUUGUACAUGUCUAGGAUGAAAAAGACAGUUAAAUUAUCAAACUGUAAACAACUUCAUGUGUCUUAAUAUCUGGUUGGUUUACAUUGAAGAAAAAUAGGCAUUCAUUUUAAUAUUUUUUCAUACAAAUGUACAGUCUGCCAAAAGAGUAUUGUUUCUUUUUCCAUUUUUACAAUUUUAAAUGCAGAACAAAAAAAUUUGAAAAAUUUUCCAGUGCCUCAUCAUAUGUUGGUAUGCUUUCUUGACAUAAUUUAAAUGUGCACAACAUAAGUAUGUAUAAAAUAUGUGCAGGAUUAAACUUGAAGUACAGUACUGGUAAUUUUUUUUAAUUUUGGCAGUUCUCAGCAUGUGUUACCAGAUAUUUGACCCACAUACUGGUACAGGGGACCUUGCUAUACGUUGUUCCGGUAUGCGUCAUUUCACAUACAGUCUACAUGGUUACAAAUAUAAGAAGAAAUUUUCAUUAUACAGUAUGUCAAUUGUUAUACAUACCUGUAUAUGUCAUUUGUAUCAUCCACUGUUUUAUACUUAGUCUGUGUGCACCCAAAUGUGAUGCAUAAAUAUUGUUAAAACGCACAUCAUAUAUUGUAAAAAAUAACCAUAAUAAGAAAUAAAUGCGUCCUACAAGUAUUAAGCCUACCAUGCCAAAGUACUUCAGUAACCUCUCACACAAAUGAGUGCUAAUGCCAUUGUUGUGAGUUAAAUAACCGUAGAAUUUUCAGAACAAGUCAUUUCAAUAUGCUAGUGUGUCUGAUGAGUAAAGAAAAUACUGUAUACUGCACUGUACAGUGAUACGGUAAGCUUCCUCAAAUCUAGAUUAAUUGAGGGAAGGCCAGUCUGGUUUGGCUGAAAUUCUGGGUUGUGCGGGAGUCUAUUGUUUAUUUUGCAGGGUGGAAAAUUCCAGAGGGUGAGGGAUUUCCAACUUAAGCUACUUAAGAACAUUGAACUUGCUGAAAUUUUUUAGCCUAGAUUUAACACCCUCAGGGUUUUUAUAUACCAUAUGAACAUUUCUUUGUAGUCACUUUGGGCUUUAACAUCUUUGGUGAAAAAGGUAAAUUUUCCUCAGUCUUUUAUGCACUCUUGGCAGCUUAGCAUUGGCUUUCAUAGUCUCAAUACAACUGUAUUCGGCUGGUCACUGAGAGCUGAUUUUGCCAGGAGCUCUCAUACACCUGGCAGCGGUGUGUACAGUCUCAGCUGCAACACACAACUCUAUUCAAGCGUCAUGCCCCCCAAAAUACUUCCAUUUGAUGGCUGAGAAUACGGCUCUUAAGUUUCAUCACCCAUAUUUAAGUGGUUGAUCAAGAAAGUUUUUAUGUAACAUGAAUGGCAUAGAAAGUAGUAUAAUUGAUAUGUACAGUAUACAAGCUUCUGUAAAAAGUUUUUUCAUGAAUGGGAAUUACUGCACUGUGAUAAAAAAUAUUAAUUGAAUUAGUUUGUGGAGUGAUAUUUUUAGUACACAAAUUAUAUUGUUAACUUUCGACUAUACGAAACGUACUGUACUGAUAAACUGCUUGUUAUUUAACUUCUCUGCUUAUUGAAUGUGGGAAAUGUACGGGUAUACCCCAAAAACCGACGCUCUAAUAACCCAUGAUUACAUAUAGGGGAAAUACCCUGCAAGAUUGACGAAGCCGCAAGGCUAGAAAACUGUGAGGGCAAACUUUUUCGGAGUGAGAGUUGUGAACUUUUUGAACAAUCUACCAGAAAGUAUUGUGAUGGCACCGAGUGUGAGCUCUUUC